UUUCAUUUUUUUAAAAGACCAUUAGCGUCUUUCAGUUUCUGCGGUCAUCCGGCACACGGCGCAUGACGUAUUGUCGUCCCGAAUGCAAGAGAAGAUACAGGAUACCCUGGAAAUGAGGUUGAUUUUACUUGUAUUAUUAUUAUUAUAACGGCAAAAUCUAUCUAAUCUAUCUCGUGUUUUAUGGGUUUCCCUGGAAAUAAUUUGGGAAUUGCAAAAAAAAUGGUAUACAACCUACCGAGAGAGCUACAAGUUAUUUAAGCCAUUUUUGUCCCCUGAUUUGAAAAAAUGCAAAAAGAAAACCUGAGGCAGAUGAUAUUCGUUAGUGCAGUGUUUGAGAUUGGUAGGUACUUAUUCAUCAUUGAUCAAAAAGUCUAAAAAAUUUGACAUUGACAUUGGACGCACAAAAUAUGUGAAGUUAAUAAUUACAAAAAGUAAAUUAAAAGAAAGGAAAGGAAGGUCAAACUUCGUUUUUUGCGUUUUGAUAAAAUUCACGCCAAAAUGAUUCGUUGGUCUAUUUUUGUUGGCCUUUUUGUUGUUUGACCUUCACUUUAGGCCGACAAAGUUUCUUUUUGUGAUAUAUAUAAAAAACCCUUUCUAUCCGGACCGGAGCCUGGCAAAUUCCCCUGUAAAAUAGCCCUGUUGUUUGCUAGGUCUGUAACUUUACCCCACGUAGAUUGUAAUAAAUAAAUGAAAUAAACUCCACCUCUGUUGCUUAUUAAAAUCAAAACAAAGCCUGGGAUAUAUUUUCAAAAAUAGAUCAAUGAUCAAAAUUCUUGGUGCAGGCAUCCUUUAAUUUUCUAUUUAUGCUGCGCGGUCAAUUUGAAUGCUCAGCAUGAUAAAGCGAAGAAAGAAAUCCUGUUUAACAGCAUGGUAGAAAGGACGUCAUCAAUUUUUUUUUACCUGGAAUGAGUUUGUACCAAGACAUUCUACAAGUGUGCCAAGUUUCAUCACGUAGUCAUCAUCAUCAUCAUCAUCAUCAUCACGUAGUGGUUAAGAAUUUAUGACUCGUGGGCACCUUGUGCUCCCCCCAGGCUUACAAGGGCCAAAAAGCUCAGAAAGUUCCAACUUGAUAUUAUCUGACUGGUGGUUUGUUGCUGAUUCCAUGAUAAGUGGUGUUAGGUGGUCGUCUAGUUGAUUGGUUGUUGUGCUUGCACGCCUUCAGUAGCUCAAAUUGGAACUAAAUGCAUUAGGACCCCCCUAAAAACCCUCAUUGAUAACACUACCAUUAGAAACUGAAGAUACUGUGAGUCGAAAGUGUCAUUCUUCAAUGAUAUAAACAGCUCUAAAUUGAUUCAAUAAAUACAGAAUUCUGUAAUGUCUACAAUUAGUCGUCUCACAGCAGCAAGUAUAUUAUGAUUACAUUUCAUCUCGCUGGAGUACUCAUAAAUUAUCUUAGAAUGUUUUUAGCUCUUUAACUUCGCAAUACAGCUUACUUUUACUUCAAAAUUACUUUUUUUCAUGUCUCAGCGUUAAAUAGUUGUCAUGACUACGCGUUACGGUAUGGAGUGGGGAGAGUUGAAAAGCAGCCAGUUACAGUUUAUUUAUUUAUUUACUUUACUUUUAUCUGGUCUUAGGCUCUUAAAUUUUAGUUCGUACGCCAUAUAAAUUGAGUAUAUAUCUAUGACAUUUUUGUUUUCAAAUUUUUAUAUGGAACUUUAUAUAUUUGGUGGAAUGUAUAAGCUUAUGACUACGAGUUCACCGGUGCUGUACUUAUCAAAAGCGACCACUUUUAGUGCUGCGCACCGAUUGCAUGCACAUGGGCUGUCAGACGCAGAAAACAAGACUGUUUUUGGACAGUGUAAUAAUCCGAAUGGUCACGGUCAUAAUUACCAUGUGGAGGUUGUUCUACGAGGUCCUGUUGAUCCAAAAACAGGAAUGGUGUUUAACUUAUCGGAUUUGAAAGUCUACAUGCAGAAAUGCAUCAUGGAUCCGUUGGACCAUAAAAACAUAGAUUUUGAUGUUCCCUACUUCAAGAAUAAAGUUAGCACUGUCGAGAAUAUAACCGUCUACAUUUGGAAAAAUUUAAAGGAAAUGCUGCCUAAACCGGAGUUACUUUACGAGGUGAAGGUUUAUGAGACGGAUAAAAAUGUAGCUUUUUAUAGAGGUGAAUGACGUCAGUUUUGGCUUUUUAAGGGUCAAGUUGACUAUAAGAACUUUAUUUUAACAUUUUUUUUAUGAAAAACAUUUCAGAAAGAAAUAAGAAAUAAUAAAAAAGGGAAUGGCCUUUCGUCCGGUAAAGAUUUUUUAUUUUAGGCAUUUGUUGCCACUUGAAGUUUAGAAUGCUUGCGUUUCAAUUCGCACUUUCAUCUAGCAAGUGUCUUUCAAUUAUUCUCACUAUGCGCGAAUGUAUUUAUUUCAACAUCUGGAAAAAUUUUUGAAAUGUUAUUGUUUUUAAAGCCAUCAAUACCUCUCAAGUGACACAAUCUGUCUUACUUAAAAAAUGACGACCUUAAAAUAACAUUAACUUGUUUUGAUUUGAAUUGAUUUUCAUGCAUGAGCACUUGCUUAUUAAUUGUGCUAAUACAAAAUAAUAAGAAACGAAACAAUAAUGUUAUUGUAAAAUUAGAAUUUUUUUGAUAUUUUAUGCAAAGAUAUAUAAAAAUAUACAUAUAUAUAUAUAAGAAGGAAAUUUUAUUUGUUAUUAAAAUGUUAAUU